AUGGUGAUAUUCAUCCGCGAAGAAACACCAUCCUGGCACUUGUUCAUCCUGGUCCUUGCUGAAACACCCGUACGAAAACAAAUCAGGAUGGAAUCGGAAGUGUGCCUCACUCCAGUUGAUAUAUCGGAAUCAGACUUAGCAAAUCUACACCAUGGUGAAGUAUUGGAAGUAGGAUAUACAGAAAUAGCUCAAAAUGAGAAUAUUAUCAAAGAAUCAGAGCCUUCAACAAGUUCAACCAGAGAGGAGCAGCAUGUCACCAUACAGAAUGACUUAAAACAUGAAGUUAAUAUCACUAGUGAUGUAGUAUCUAGCCAGAUAACUGACCAUAGUGAGCAGAAAAUUGAUAGAGACACCAAUUCUAUUGUGGUUCAGAUGGAUGAAGAAAAUGCCAGUGGAGUCUUGCCAGUAGAAAAUGUCUUUCAGAUGGAGAAUGGGCUGGGUGAUGGUGGAUAUAUUAUUUUGUCUGGCGAUGCUGCAGCUUCUCUGGGCAUGGAAUCUGAUGAACCAGAUGCAAAGAAGAUACGAAUUGACGGAGAGUCGUACAUCGUGGCAGUCGCAGAUGAGGGAAACACAGCAGUCAGCAUAAAGCAUGAAAAGAGUGCAGCAGAGCAGCAGGUGUACCUGGUAACUUCCUCAGUAGCCAGUGGUACUGUGCCCCCACAGAAGACGACCGCUGUCAAACAGAAAUCAGACAUCAAUCAAGCUUGGUUCACAACACGUGAUGACAAACAGGCACUCCACAAUACAGGAGCCAGCUGGAAACAAGGUCAGUGGACCAAUGAAGAGGUGGAGAUAUUGCAGACCAACAUAAAUAAUUACUGUAAGGAGCAUAACAUUGCUGACCCAACAGAAAUUAUAUUUGAAAUGUCUAAAGAUGAGCGGAAAAACUUCUACCGCACGGUUGCUAAAGGUUUGAUGAGACCCCUGUUUUCUGUGUACAGAAGGGUGACCAGAAUGUAUGACCAGAAAAAUUAUAUGGGAAAAUACACCCUGGAGGAAAUCACCCUGCUCAAAGAAUUGCGUAAGAUGUAUGGUAAUGAUUGGGCCACCAUCGGUCAGGCCUUAGGAAGAAGUGCAUCCUCAGUGAAGGAUAAAUGUCGUUUGAUGAAAGACUCAUGCAACUCAGGGAAAUGGCUACCAGAAGAAGAAAGAAGAUUAUGUGAUGCUGUGUAUGAGUUAACAGGAGCCAAACAAGGUGAAAGUGUAACCUCAGGUCUUUCAUGGUCCAAUGUGGCAGAGAAAGUUGCCACAAGGUCAGAAAAGCAGUGUAGAACAAAAUGGCUGAACUACAUGAACUGGAAACAAAAGGGAGGCACAGAGUGGACACGGGAGGAUGACAUGAACCUCAUCAUGAGAAUUUCUAAUCUUGGUGUUGCCAAUGACACAGAGAUUGACUGGAAAGAACUGGCGGAUAACUGGCCCAGUGUAAGAUCACCACAGUGGUUGCGAGGAAAAUGGUGGUCCCUUAAACGUAACUAUCGCCACUAUCAGUCAAUGCCAUUUCAAGAAUUACUUGAACACCUGAAGACCAACCAUGUUGGAAAUGUUCGAAUGAAGAACCAGAUGAAAGUUUCUGCAGAAAUGGUAGCCAUGCCAGUAACUCUUCAGACAGGUGCUGAUGGUUCCUCCACAAGUGAAGCUCUACAGACCUAUGAAAUUCUCCAUCAAACCAGUUCUGGGGCUUUCUUGAUCACACAGCCCAACACUAACCCUGCCAUUACAAUUAAUGGUUCUCCAGUCACAACAGAUCAUAUUAUUGUACAUACAUUGCCAAAUUCAACUGCUUUACAGGGGCAGGAGAAUCUGGCAGUACAGAUGAACCCAGUCAUACUCAACUCAGCCUCAGACAGUCUCAGUCUCGACUCUACAGAAAUCUCACUACAGAGUUCUACCACCAGUACUGACCAGGAUAUAACAGAACAGAUGAUAACUCCCACCCCUGAGAUGGACACACAGACAGAAAUUUCCUCCACACCAUUUGAACAUGAGACCAUUGCUUCCUCUGUGAUAGAAGGAGACCAGGAGAACAGUCAGUCCCAGAUUGUGAUUUCAUCAGAGAAUGACCAAGGAAACUACAAGUUAGUGAUGGUCACAACAGGGAACGAUAGCAGCACAGAGUACAUGUUCUCACAGUCAGAUCCAAUGCUUCCUUCAGGGGAGACUGACCUGAUUGGAAACCCCUCGGAUGUGGAUUCUGACAAAGUACAAAGCCAGGUCAGCCUGGAUAUUUCUAGUCCAGACAUCACAGCCUCUUCUACCUAAUUCCAGCAGAUUUAAUCUACACACAUACACUGUGUACCAGAGAAAAGUCUGUUAUCUUUAUAAGAACUUCUAAUUUUCUAACUGUAAUAUACAAAGGUAUGAAGUAUGGAUGUAUUAUUAUACCUUAGAGGAAUAACAUUCAUUUUGAGCAUGAAGUUGAGAAAUGUUAUAUUUUGAUUUAUGUACAAGGGAUGAAAUACUAAUUUUUUCAGAUUAUGUAUAGAAUUAUUGUUACUGGUUUCAUUUCUUCUUGCAUGAAAUUCUUUUCAUGAAGAAAUGAUAUUCAAAGUUGAAUUUCCCAAAACUUACACUAAGUCUGUUAUUAUGUCUUAAUACUAGUGUCAGCAUAAGUUUUGCCUGUUACAUGUAUGUUAACAGACCUAAGAUACACAUUAAAUGAUUUUCACUGUGAUAUAUUAAAUUUCUCUGGUUGGAAUAAUUAACAAUACUUAAAUAAUGCAACAGUAUAAACUUGAAAGCAGAGAAAUUGUAUGAUAUUCAAACUUUUUUCCAUUUCUAGUUAUUUUUGAAACAAUUUCCUGUACAUCAACUGAACAUUUUAAAGUAAAAAAAUAUUUCUGUAUCAGUAAUACAUGUAUUUUCUGAAGACAAAUAAUUCAUAUAUACUUUGUGUGAGACUUCCUCCUCGUGUGAAAAUUUAGGAGAAACUCUGACAAGUAGGAUAACUCCUGAUAAAUAUUACAUUAUCUGUGAUAAAUAUUGAUAUACUUCACAGCUUAAUAGAACUGCUAAAUAUGAGCAAGUUUUGAAAAAUAUCUCUCUGUUCAAAAAGUGUUGUUUUCUUACUCUGUGCUAAAACUUGCAGUCUGCAGUACAUAUAACUCCAAAGAUAGCAUUGAAAGCAUACUUUUUGUACAUUUCAUGUUUCAUAUAAAAGGGAGAUUUAUGAGAAUUCAUUGAUCAGUUUUUCAUGUAUUUGUUCCCUGUUUAUAUUUAUCCUGUUAUUGUUUUUGAAUAUUUCCUUUCUAUAUAAGGUAAUAAAAAUAUAUGUUUGAUGCUGUGAUUUUCAACCAAUGCCAGACAUUUGUAGCAUUAUGGGCAAAUUUUCUAGCAUACUCUUCUCAAUUUUGUUUUUGUAUAUUUAGGGUCCUCCACACCCCGUGACUUGUGACGUAUAUCGAGAAAAAAUACUUUUACUUCCGAUUUAAUAUAGUUUGUGCACUGACGAUUUGACUGGCACCGCCUGUAAGAGAGUCUUAUAAACGCUUUAGAUAUAAAGGUUUUGUCAAAGGAAGAGUAUGCAGUCAACCGAGAGCGAUACCCUGAUCAUAAACAAUGAACACAUGGCAUGAUCACGGCGUGACCGAAAGAAAAAGUGUCGAUUUUUUCAAUAAAAAACAGCAGACGUUUGAGUUUUUGUAGCGUAAUGAUUCGUAAAUAACAGGUAUAUCUACUCGAAAAUGUUUAAGUUUAUUUAUACUUUUAGGCUGAUAAAUACAUUGCGAUAUCGCCAACGCGCCAACAAGGUCUUUAACAGACUGUUGUGAAAAUUUGAUAUUUUUGCACUCUAAUUUGUGCGGUUCAAUAAUACCCAUCUCAUUGUGUGUUUAGAAAUAUUGAUAAAUAGUGUUCAUUUCUAGUUUUGCUCAUUUAUAUCUGUCCUGUUCAGUUGUGGAUAAUGAGUUACUGAGUAAAUGUAUGAUGACGUAUGCGGAGACUUACCAAAGUGUUUGAAUCCUGGGUAACAGGAAAGAUAACUCUAAAUAGGAACUUUGAUACCACAGAUUUUGAAAAUAUUUUUUCUAAGUCAAUAAAUUUGAUUUUAAUUCAA